AAGACACCGGUGGCGCAGUCGCGUGCCGUUCCGUGUGGAGUAGCGUCCGUUCCGUGCCGAGUGAUAGGAGGGCCCUCGCAGGUGCACUUGGCAUGGCGUCGACAGCCAGCAUGGAGGCGGCCUUCCGUUAUUUGGCAGAGGAGAUUCGGCAAGAGAUGCGCACGGAGAUGAUGAAGGUGGUGGAACGUGCCGCUUCCUCUUGUGCGUCGAUUUGUAUGGAUCGAAUGCAAGCGCUCCGGGCUGAACUGCUGUCGGAGUUUGAGGAAGUUGCCCAGAACAAAGGCACCAGUAACGAAGCUGCCCAGGAGGUGCGACGGCGAACCAGCUUUUACGAGCUCUACUCUGAUGACGUGAGGAUGGGUUCAGAUCAGGAGGAUGAUGGCGAGGACCUUGCCAAGCUCUACGAGCAUUUGGAGAAGUGUGCCCGGCGCCGCAGCAGUGCGCAGCUUGGUUCCGGUGGAUUGGCCCAAGGCUUGUUGAAUCUACCCGGACAGGCUACCGACAUCAAAAGCAAUACCUCUGAAACGUCCGAUGCAGAGGAGCAGAAGGCGCUACCGAGGCACCGGCGCUGGUCGGACUCUGCAGAGGAAGAAUUGGUGGCCCUGGAUGAUUUCCUCAAGGCCAGUCCUCAUGCUCCUUCCCCGCGGCCGAAGGAGGCGGUCAGAGAUCUGGAAGAUCGUGUGGCAUUCCUGGAGUUCUUUCUGUAUCCCGCCGCUGCUCCGAAGACCAAGCUGGCCGAGCAGGCGCUCUUGGGGCUGCCCAGAGGUCCCUGAUGCGCGUGUUGAUGGCGCUGCGAUUCCGAUUCUGCGUGGCGAGUCCGGCUGGCGCGGGGUGGAAGAUGAGAGGACCCUCAAACGUGAGCCGACUUGGCCAUUAGAAGGUAAACUGGUGUUGAUUUGCUGAAUGUUUAGACACAUGCAGCCAGGGACUAAGUGGAUAUUUUGGGUUUUGGGCGGUGACUUUCAUCAAGCAGCUCGAUUUCAAAUUUGAUCAACUUGUUUGAGACACCAAGUCUGUGCUAGGUUCUAAAUGGCAAGAGUUGAGUUAAAUCCAGAGAAGAAUGAGGCAUGCGACACACCGCAGAGCUUGCCGUUAUGAAACGAGAUGGGAAGAAUAUCCCAGGCAAGAAACGUGCUCGAUGGUGCUGGUGCCUUGGCCUGUCCGUGAUGUGGACCAGUGUGGGCAUAGUGACUGUAAAGUCUGUAAAUAUACGGUAAAACCUUUGUGAUGACGUCGAAGCAUUUGGGCUGAAAUCACGCUACUAUGAAUUUGCAUGGCCCAUCGCAUCCCAUUGCUCUUUUUAAGGCUAUAAGGCUAGGGCAAUCUGAGCAAUGAGCUGAGCGAUUGAGUCAUGAAUCACCCCAGCAGCCUGAACUUUAAAUCAAGAUAACUACUGCUUUCUGUAGUGAAGCCUACUCCAGCUGGCCAAGACGUGAAAAGGUCGCCAAAGUGCAAACUAUUUCACCUGCGCUGGCCGGAUCAGCAACAUGCAGCCUAUGUGUGAUGCAAAAUGCAGCGGGUCUUCCGUCAUCUCUUCCUUCAGGGCGAUAACCUUCAGCGGAUGUCUGAAGUUUCAGCUAGAACGCAGUCCGCAGCAGAGGGUGUUUUCUUAGGCCUUGCUUAGGCACCCAGGGUUUCGUGCGUGGUGGAGUGCUGGCCCAAGACUUCCAACGAUGCAACGGCAGUUCUAGGCUCUCAUCUGCUGGUGCUGCAGGAUCACCGAGAAGGUCGG